AAAGCAUAGAUGACGUUGAGUGUGCAAGCACACUUCUGAUCGAUAUGGAUGGUGGCUAUGUCCGGAGUUUUGUCACAGUGCGAGAAUAAACAAAUUAAGUGAGCUCUUUGAUGAGCCGAUGUCUGAUUAAGAGGAUUCGCUGCCGUGCAUUUUCGUUUUCGACUGAUCGACACCGCGAAGUCCGCUAUUUUCGCGUGAUCACCGUCUUAGGACCGGAUGUGUCGUCAUGCCGUGUUGGCCAAGUCCGAGUAUCAUGACAGAUUUCAUACGUUAAUAUUCUAACCACUUAAGUGAAGUAUAUAUUUUACGCGAGAACGUGAACAAGAAAACGUCCGAAAAUGGUUUUGGCAGAUCUCGGACGUAAAAUUACGUCGGCCUUGCGAUCGCUCAGUAAUGCAACCGUCAUCAAUGAAGAAGUUUUAAAUUCUAUGCUAAAAGAGAUUUGCGCAGCAUUACUGGAAGCUGAUGUAAAUAUUAGAUUAGUGAAAAAAUUACGAGAAAAUGUGCGCCAAGUUAUCGAUUUUGAAGAUAUGGCUGGUGGUCUUAAUAAAAGGCGGAUGAUACAGAGUGCUGUCUUCAAAGAACUUGUGAAGUUGAUUGAUCCUGGCGUUAAAGCAUACCAACCAGUAAAAGGCCGUCCUAAUGUGAUUAUGUUUGUGGGCUUGCAAGGUUCUGGUAAAACAACUACUUGUACGAAACUUGCGUAUCAUUAUCUUAAAAAAAAUUGGAAGGCAUGUUUAGUUUGCGCUGAUACUUUUCGUGCCGGUGCAUAUGAUCAGAUAAAACAGAAUGCUACAAAAGCUAGAAUACCAUUUUACGGAAGUUAUACAGAAGUGGAUCCUGUAGCAAUUGCACAAGAUGGCGUUGAGAUGUUCAAGAAAGAAGGAUAUGAAAUAAUUAUUGUAGAUACCAGUGGAAGACAUAAACAGGAAGAAUCAUUAUUCGAAGAAAUGUUGCAAGUCGCCAAUGCUGUGCAACCAGACAAUAUAAUCUUCGUAAUGGAUGCAACAAUAGGUCAAGCUUGCGAAGCACAGGCGAAAGCUUUUAAACAACGCGUUAAUGUCGGUUCUAUCAUAAUUACAAAACUGGAUGGCCAUGCCAAAGGUGGUGGAGCACUUUCUGCUGUUGCAGCAACACAAAGUCCUGUAAUAUUCGUUGGUACAGGAGAACAUAUAGACGAUCUAGAACCAUUCAAAACAAAACCGUUCAUUAGCAAAUUGCUAGGUAUGGGAGACAUUGAAGGUCUCAUCGAUAAAGUAAAUGAACUCAAUCUGGACGAUAACGAAGAAUUGCUUGAAAAAAUCAAACACGGUCAAUUUACCUUACGAGAUAUGUACGAACAGUUCCAAAAUAUUAUGAAAAUGGGACCAUUUUCGCAAUUAAUGGGCAUGAUUCCUGGAUUUAGCCAAGAUUUCAUGUCGAAAGGGACAGAGCAGGAAUCAAUGGCAAGAUUAAAACGACUCAUGACCAUAAUGGAUUCUAUGAAUGAUUCAGAGCUGGAUAGCAGAGACGGAGCUAAACUGUUUAGCAAGCAACCCGGAAGAAUAAUCAGAGUGGCGAGAGGCUCGGGUGUAACAGAAAAGGAAGUUAAAGAUUUAAUAACACAAUAUACAAAGUUCGCGGCAGUCGUGAAGAAAAUGGGAGGCAUAAAGGGCUUGUUUAAAGCGGGAGAUAUGGCGAAAAACGUUAAUCCUACACAAAUGGCGAAGCUGAAUCAUCAAAUGGCUAAAAUGAUGGAUCCCCGUGUGUUACAUCAAAUGGGUGGUAUGCCAGGAUUGCAAAAUAUAAUGAAACAAUUACAACAGGGCGCGACAGGUGGUUUGGGAAAUUUAAUGGGGGGCUUCGGUGGAAAAUCCUGAGACGAGGCUUCCGGCAGUGCAGCCACUGCCGUUAAAGCCGUUAGAGACGUUAGAUACCGUUACAUACAACUCUCGAGAAAAUUAAACCGUACUUGAAUUAUGAGUACUGAAGAAUUUGUGUUUGAACCACUUUCUUUUCAGUGAAUAUUUUAUAAUUAAUGAUAUUAUGAAAACUAAAUAUGUAAUGGCAGAAAUUAAUAGCAAAUUCUUCAACAUCUUUCUAAUUGCUCAUCAGAUCAUUAAAAAAAAAAAAACUACCUUUCGAUGUAAAUGCAAUAAAUUAUCAAGAUACGCUACGAAAUGUGUGUCAUAAUGAAAAUAUUAA